CUUUGACCAAAAUGGCGAUGCAUUCUUGUUGACAGAUGCCAUUUUGGAUGUUUUCCGUAGAAUCCUGAGGUGACAAGGAGGACCACAAACCAUCUGCCAAGAUGAUGAUCAACGACCAGAUGGUCCUUGAGGAGGAAUAUGAUGAGUGUUAUGUUCCUCCCGAGGAUGAGGUGCUUGAGUAUGCCCUGUGUAUUGGCAUUGACCCAGACAGGGAGCAUAAUUUGAUGUGGAUCGCCAGAGAAGGAAUCAAUGCCCCAUUGCCUGAAAACUGGAAACCUUGCCAAGAUCCAAAUGGUGAUAUCUACUACUUCAACUUUGCAACUGGAGAGAGUAUUUGGGACCACCCAUGUGAUGAGUUCUACAAGAAAAUGGUGAUGGAAGAGAGGCGCAAACCACAACAGGCCAGACAGCAGGGUCCAGCAAAGAAGAAACCCGCUGAAACUAAGAAGAAGAAAGACAAACUUACCCCUGAAAAGCAACUGGGCCCCCUUAAAGCAGAACAGAGCCUGGGAACUCCUGCCAUGCAUAAACAGUUGCCCAGGGAGCAGGGAAAACUGUCAGGGGGACCACUUGUCCAGUCUGUGGGUCAGCUUGGGCCACUUAAGGGGUCAAUAGGUGCUAGUGGAAUGGCCACUCCUCCAUCAAUGCGAUCCAGUCUCAACACAACCACUGGUUCACUGAACAAGUCUGGCCAUGGUCUCGGAGGCAGUGUCAAUAUAAGCACAAAUCUCACAAGCAGCAUGUCACUGCCAGUCUACUCCACAGAGUAUGAUGAUGAUCAUGAAGAGCGACCAGGCAGCAGACGACACAGUGUGGAUGGCGAGGGGCCUGAACCUGUCGCCAUUGGUUAUGAGAACUCGGAACAAGAAACUACUGACAGUGAUGAAGACUAUGGAAAAGAUAUUGAUUUUGGUAUAGACAAAAACUUAUCUGAGAGAAUUAUGGACAUAGAAAAUACCCCUGGCAUCAGGGAUUCCCUGGAAAAGGAUUUUGAUGUUACACUCUCAGUGAUGUCAACAGCACGCGGGGAGGAAAACCGCAUCAGCCCGCUUCAAGAGGACAGGAAACUGCGCGCAGAGAAGGCUGCUAGUGCUGCAGAAAAGCGUCUGUACACUGAUGGAAGUCAACAACCGGAAGAGUUAAAAGAAGAGGUGCAGAAAAUCAAGACGGCAAAUGAGCGCGCCCUGAUUGAGUUGAGACACAGAAUGGAGCGGGAACUGGAGCAGGCAAAACUAGAACUGCUAGAGGACAAAGACAGCAGACUACAGAAAUUGAAAAACCAAAUUAAAAGAGAAAUUGAGGAGGAGGAAGCAAAACUGAGAAAAAAUAAAACAGCGACAGUCAACUCUUCACCACAGGAGGGGGAGAAAGGGACACAACUCUUGGAAAAUGAACACGGUGAAAACAUUGAAAGGUAUAGGGAGGAGCUUGCUGAAAAACAGAAACAGCAGGAAGAAGAUCUGCGAAAAGAGAUGGAGAAUGCCCUUGAGAAGUUAAGGUCAGAGGUCAGGUCACUGCAGGCAGAGGAGGAGAGCAAACUGGAGGAGGAGAAGGGGAGAGCACUGGAGAGGCUCCAUAGAAUGGUUGAUGAGGCAACAGAAGCAGAACAGAGGAGACUAGAACAGGACAAGCAACACGCAAUAGAAACAAUGCAAGCAAAAUAUAAACUGGAGCUGGACAGGAUAAAGGACGAGGCGGAUAGGAAACAGAGGGAGAAGAUUCAGGAAAUGAAGGAUGGUGUCACAGAAAACCAUGAGAAGGAGUUGAAGCGUGUAAAGGUUGAGUUAGAACAUAUUCAGGAUCAGGAGAAGGCUAUGAUGGAACAAGAGCUGGAGUCGGCCAAGAAAAGGCAGGAGGCCAUCAACGACAUGGAGAAAGGGAUUGAUGAGGUGCUAAGUGAGAGAAAGAAGGAGUUACGUGACCAGCAUCAGAAGGAACUGAAGAAAAUACAGGACGAACACUCCUCCCAGCUGAGAAAACUACGUGACGAGUAUGCUGAAAAGGAACGUGAAGAAAAGCGUCUGCUAGAACAGAAUAUGGACGCUGAGAGACGUCGCCUGCAGAAACAACAAGACAAGGACAUGGAUGAGAUAAAACGAGAACACGCCAGGAAGAAAGAGACUCUCUCCGACCAGCUGGAGGAAGAGCUUCAACAGUAUGAACAAGAGUUAAAAUCCAAGAAAGAGUCUGCAAUGAAAGACCUAGAAAAAGAGGAGGAGGAGCUACAGGAGAAGAGGGCGGAGUUUGAGAGAAGGAAGGCUGAGAUUGACAAGUCCAUGAGGAACCUAGAGAACCAGGAGCGGAAACUAGAAGAGAAGAGAAAACGAUUGAGAGAAGACCGGGAUAAAUUUGAAGGGGAACAAGAUGAGGCAUUUGCAAACAGAACAGUCAAACUGAGUGCAAAUGAGCUGGAACGAAUGAAGUCGGAGCGUAAACAGCUGAAUGAGGAACUCCGCACUGAGAACGAGGCACUAGAAAAUAUCAAGGCUGAGAGGCGAACCUUGGAGGCGGAGCUUCUCAAAAUGAAACUAAACAGGGAUACAGCAACUAAAAAACUCAGGGACAUACAUGAGCGAGUGGGUCGUAAAGACAAGGAACUGGAGGGAAUCCAGCAGAAGCUGAUAGAUGCCGUUGAAGAGGAGAAGACAAUCGCAGAGGAGCGCCUUAGAAGUGCUACAGAGAGGAAACCUGUGAUGACAAAUGGACGGGGACGGGAUGAUAUACAGAGUGACGAGGAUGAUACCAGACAAGAUUUGUUGAGACAUAAAAGGCGUGCAAGAGUUAAACACCGACCUGUGGAGGACGAGGAUGGCUCAGCGUCAGAGAGGAAUAUGUGGAAUGAGCUACUAUCAGAUGACAGCAUGGAUGAUAUACUGCCUCCCAAACAUGGAGGACUCUAUGAACAAGUGUCCAAGGAGCGAAACGCCAUAUCAGCUUCAAAAGACUUCCUGAGAAAACAGCGCAAGUCACUCAAACGUCGCCAGGCAGCUUUGCAAGCAGCAAAACAGGAAUUGUUGAAAGAUAUUCUCAGACAAAAACAAGGGACCCUGUCCCCUGAAAGUGCCCAUGUAUUGGACGACGUCAAACAGAACCUGGAGAAGGAAGCGAUGGAGCUUGACCGUAUUGCAACCCAGAUGAACGCUGGUAACAGGCUUGUCAAGGAGAAAGAGCGAUACCUUAAUAGGCUGAAGAACAGGGCCUCAAAUGAUUACAACAGUGACUCAGACCUGGACUGGAGCCCAUUUGAGCACAACUACAAGCCAGCGAAGAUACCAAACCUUGAUCUGAGUGAUGAUGAGGCCAGUAGCGGGAUCAGUAGCACAGAUAAUAGCCUCGAUAACGUCCUUCAAGCAUUACACAAGCAGAUCGAGCCAUCUCAAGGUGCCAUGGUGUCUGCCCAGUCCACUGGACGUGUCCCCCCUAUGGAUGGCAGAAAUGGACUGGACCAAAAUGAUCCACUGGCUAAGUCCCUGUUGAGAAUCAAUAUGGAACUGUCCAGAGUGAUACAACACAUGGGGAGUAACAGUGCCUCCAGUACCCCUGUACCACCUGUAUCAAAUACUAACGGAGGUAACCAUCUCCCAGCUGCCCCCUCCCUUCACAGCACCCUGGCUAGCUCCUUGCCCAUCCAGGCAUGGAGACCCAACAACAACAACACCUCAAACAUGGGCUCUAACCCAUACCUAUAUAAUCCACAACAUAAAGUAGACUAUGCAAGCCUGGUUUUGAAUGCGGAACAAUCACUAGAACGGAAGUGGAGAAAAUAUUUUGGAGAUCGAAAGCCUCCUUUAAGCAGCUCAACAAGUUUUGUGCCCAUGGGCGGAACGUCAUUUGGCCACACCCCUGUAAGAGAGCAGCUGCGUAAUUUCCGCUCCAGCCUGUAUGACGGUCCGUCAGGCCACUCAGUCACCCCACCCCCCUUUACGUCAACAACGAACGGUUUCCAGUCCAAGUUUUCAACGGACGAACGUCUAGCGGAACAGAAAGACUGGUUGAGGAAGUUCCAGCAGGAUUUGAGUUUCGGUCCAACCUAUUCAAAGGCCCCUGCAUCUGAUGCAGGAUCUGUCACAAGUUUACCCGGAGGCUCAGAUAAUAAAGUAUCGGAACCUGUAUCAUGUUCAACCCCGACACGACGAACAGGCGGAGUUCGAUUGGAAUUGGACGAAAACGAUGAAAUACGAGUCCGAAAAUUCUAGCAUUACAACACUUUGUCAUUUGUUUUAUUUCUAUUUAUUAAAUGCUUUACUGAUUAAAGCAUGUCAGAUUUUGAAUUGGCAUUGGUAUCGUUUUCAUGCGAAGUGCUUAUGUCACAUUUAUAUGCAUAAAACACACUAGUUUGUAGAAAAUGGUACAGCAGAUGUUGAAUAGACACGUUAAAGGUGGUUAGCGCGUAGAAUUAACAUGAUGCGAGAUGAACAUUCAUUUUGCCAGGUCUCAUGUUAGGGGUUGUUUUUGUCAGAGGUGGUCAAAGUAAUCCAUUGGAUUAUACAACCAUGUGCUAGUAUUUAUUAACCAAGUAUAAAAAAGAAUGGCUGAAUGACAACCAGCUUUGUGUUAGUUCACACUCAGUGCUAAAAAAGCUAUUUGUAAAGUCAUAUUUCUCAAUACAGUGGGUUUUGUAGCAGUCCAGCGAGGGAGCGUAUUCAAUAAGCAACUUUGUUUGACUUUAAUUUAAUAUUAGAAACUGAGUGUUUUGAUUGGCCUGUAUAUUUAGCUGACCAAUAGGCUGAAUGGAAUCACUGAGGCAUGUCUAAGGAUAAGACCAAUAUUGAAUACUGGCCCAGGCACCUGUUUUGAUGGUGUUGGUAAACAACACACUGCUUAUGACAAAUACAUCUGAAUGUUAUGUUUUCUCAGAUACCAGAUAUAUGUUUUUUCUGGUCAUGUGACCAGUGCUGUAAAAAUCGCUCUUCCACCCCCCAUGGAAGAUGAGUGGUUGUGGUUGUAUAUGAUUUUAAGUCAUGAAAUUUCAUAACAGAAGGAUCAAAAUCAGAAUUAUAUAAAAUAUUGCAACUUUGCAAGAAUGUAAUAUUUUUAAGGAUUAUUUUGACGUCAACUGUUAUAUCAAAUACUGCGCAUCAAAACAUCAUUGAACAAUGACGCAUGAGAAAGCUUGUAAUAAACCUAAAAUUUGACAAAUUUGAAUGUUUAAGUAAUGCAAGAAAAAGUGUAAAUCAAAGUGUUUCUGGUGCUGAUGGUAAACUCUGACACUCAGGCAUGCAUUGUCACUGAUAGCUCAGCAAACCUCAUUGUAAAACACAUAAUAGAUAUGUUAAAUAUCACUUGGGAUAAGUCAGAACUGUCUGUGUGAACUUGGUGCUGCACUGCAAUAAUGCCUAAGUAACAAUGUGUUAUAACUUCAUUAAUGGUUGUGAUGAUGUGAGAACAUUGAAAGGCUCCCAGACAGUGAAUUAUGUAACAUAUUGAUUUGUUAAUUAAAAUUAACAUCAAUUUUGCCAAAAAGAGUUCAGCAAAAUAAACAGUUAAUGAUGAAUAUAUACAUUUUACAUAUUCAGUUUUGAAUCCACUGUACUGGUUUGGCGUCAUGUUCACUGUCAAUAUUGUAAUAGAUAAUUAUGGUCUUGUGCUGAAGUUAAUAUCUUUCGUUUCGGUAUUCUUUUGUAUAAGCGCCAUUUGAGGAAUUUGACAAAUUUGUACAUGUAGUUCAGUCAAAUCACGCCAUAUAUUAUGGCUAUUUAUUAUAUUGUAAAUUAUACUAGAAGACAAUAGUUUAUAUAAGUUUGUUGUGCAACAGAUAUAAUCGACAAGGAUAUUUUAUUCAUUUGAUGUAAAUCUGUGAUUUUUGUUUGGGUAAAUUGUAAAAGCCAGUUAUUUUUAUGUUAGGUCUAGACUUAAACAAUAUUGUACAAACAAAAUUGUGAGGUCUUCAAUUCUUAGCUUUAUGUGAUAUGUUUAUGUUGAUAUGUUAUAUCUAUUUUUAAGUUUUCUUAUGAAUUUUGAGAUCAAGAGUGAAAAAAUCUGGUUAAUUCUUACAUUUAAGACAAUAAAAUAAAGUUAACAUAUCUCGGGGAUCUAUCUCUCUGAAAUAGUUUUCAAAGGUUGUAAAUAUUGCACAUAUCGCAACUAUGAUUGCAUUUCUUUGUAUUUUUAUAUGAAUCUCAUUGUCACACUUUUACAAAUUACCGUCCAUGACUUUUUAAUUCUCAUAAUCUAAAUAUCAAUUUAUGAUUUAGCGUAUCAUUUUUGAAAUUCUUUACUUUAAAUGGGCAUGAUAAUUAUUUAUUAAUUUGCUAGUUACUUUUGUCAUUUUAAUUUGGAACUAUUUAUAUGGCGCAUCGUUGACAUUCUACUCUGAGUACUUUGGUUGUCAAACAAUCGGUUCAGAAAGUGGAACUUAAUUGGUAAUAAAGACUCCGUUUUAAGCAUGUGAUAAAAAAGAUCUGACACUCGUUGUCAUUUAAUUCAAGAAUUUUAUUAAACUCGUCCAUGAAAGUUGUUAGUAAGCUCGCCAGAGAUUCGCUUACUAACAAAUUUCAUGAACAUAUUUAAUAAAAUCUUGUAUUAAAUGACAACUCGUGUCAGAUCCUAUAUUUAUGUUUUAUGUGCUACUUUUUUGCUGGUCUGAUUUUACAAGAUAAACAAAAUUGAGAUGUUUUCCUAGACUUGCUGACAUCUUCAGGGGUGAGGUCAUGGUCUUUUUUGCCAUAACUCAAAAUAUUUUGAGUUUUAUGGAAUAAAUCACAAGCAAGCGUAGCUAGCUCCGUAAUUACUUCCAUAAAAUUCAAAAUAUGAAUGAUAACAGAUUUACCGUUUGACACAUUUUGUAAAAGAAGUGAUUGAGUUUGGUCAUGUAGGCCGCAUACAGGAAUAAUAACUGACAAUUUUCUACAUAUCAAGGUGUAAGGACUGUAAGAAUAUAUACAUGAUACCAUGAAUACAGGCAAUAACAAUGGGUACCAGUUUAAGAGUUAGCAAGAUCCAUUAAUAUAGUUCAAAAUUCUGGGGUUAUUGCAGUUCAUUUACAGGAGUUCUUGACCUUAGUUAACUGCAGUUGUUGGCCUCAGUUUACUGGAAGUAUUGGCCUCAGUUAACUGGAGUUAUUGGCUGUUAGGUAGCAUUAUUUUCCAUGGCUAAAUAGCUAUUGUCCUUAGAUAAAUGCAGUUGUUGGCCUCUGUUAACUGGAGUAAUUGGCCUUUGUUAACUGGAAUUAUUGUCCUCAGUAAACUUGGGUUUUUGGCCUCAGUUAACAGGAGUUAAUGUCCUCAGUUAUUUUGAGUCUUUGGCCUUAGUUACCUUAGAUAACUUGAGUUAUUGGCCUCAGUAAAGUGGAGUUAUUGGCCUUAGUUAUAUCUAUUUAUUGGCCUCAGUAAAGUGGAGUUAUUGGCCUUAGUUAUAUCUAUUUAUUGGCCUCAGUAAAGUGGAGUUAUUGGCCUUAGUUAUAUCUAUUUAUUGGCCUCAGUAAAGUGGAGUUAUUGGCCUUAGUUAUAUCUAUUUAUUGGCCUCAGUAAAGUGGAGUUAUUGGCCUUAGUUAUAUCUAUUUAUUGGCCUCAGUAAAGUGGAGUUAUUGGCCUUAGUUAUAUCUAGUUAUUGGCCUCAGUAAAGUGGAGUUAUUGGCCUUAGUUAUAUCUAGUUAUUGGCCUCAGUAAAGUGGAGUUAUUGGCCUUAGUUAUAUCUAGUUAUUGGCCUCAGUAAAGUGGAGUUAUUGGCCUUAGUUAUAUCUAGUUAUUGGCCUUAGUUGUAUCAAGUUUUUGACAAUAGUUAACUGAUAAAAGCAGGUGAAUGUUGGCAUUUGAUUGUGUUGGACAGUAUCUAUCAAAUUUUCUAAAAUAUCACAGCAUUUUAAAGGCUGCUUGUAUCUUAAUAAUUUACCUAUCAAAACAUACUUAUUGUCUAUUAUUCUAGAUGAAACCCUAUAGUAAAUGCAAGAAAUGUAGAUGUUUCUUUUAUCAUCCUUAUUUUCUACCAUUUAAACUUUACCUUCUACUGAUUAUUUAUUUAAGUGUUGACCACACUUAGAUAUCGCACAACAUUCAUAUAAUAAAAGAAGCAUAUUACUUUGGAUAAAUUGAAGCCAGAAAUUCAAAGCUUAAGUGUUACGUUUUGUAUAUAUGCCUGUAAAUAUGUAUAUAGAGUGCAAAUGCCAAAUGAAGAUUUUCUAACGGUUCUUGUAAGUGCUGUUCAUAUAAAACUAUCCCCUUGUUGUCCCUUUGUUUGAAAUUCAAGUAAUUCUGUCUUUUUUCUUUUCAAUCUAAUAUUCAUUCUUCCCAGAUUUUAUUUUUGUUCUUUUUCUGCAGUGAAAUUAAUUGUACUCCCAACUCCCUUUGACUGCUAUACCAUAAAGAAAUAUGAACUAUUCAAAAAAUUAGUUAUAUAUUAAAAUAUUCAUUGACAUUUUAGAGGCUUUUUUAUCUUUCAUUGUGUUUACCUUAGACUAAUUAAUAAUACCUUCCUAGCAAAAUAUCAGAGCAUAAUUAAAUUGUGUACAAAGUAAUCAAGGAGAAUUUUUAGAUUAAUUAGUAAAAUUUAUGAUCUGUUUGAUGAUUUCCUGAAACUAAAUAUAUUAAAAAGCCCUCAUAGGUUGCCAAGGUGAUAUUAAUACUUUUAUUAAUAAUGGCUCCAGACCCCCCCCCCCCCCAAAAAAAAAAAGAUUGUAUUUCAAGAUUAAAAAAAAAAAGAGUAAAUAUUUGGUUGAUACUUUAUUUCAUGUCAGUUUUGACAUUCAAGUUUGCUUCAAAUAUGAAGUCAAGAGAGCCUUGAGAGGGCUUCUAAAGAGACAUUUGGGGCUCAAAGAACCCCCUAAACCCAUCGCUAAAAUGGUUUCAGCCCUUUAGCUGCCAGGUCAAUCACAUCCUUAAAUGUUGCAUGACAUUUCAUUGUCUACUGUUAUCUUUUGCAAAAUUAUAGUGCAUAUCAGAAAAACAAUAAAAAAAAUGAUAUUAGGCCUAUGUGAAAUUGUUCCUUUUAAUAGUAAUGAUAAAUAGUUUUUUUUUUACAAGCAUGAGAAUAAUGAAAACACUUAUUUUCACACAUGUGUGUUCAUUAUUUCAUACAAAUGCAUCAUCUAAUGUACAAAUCUUGGCUGUCUGGAAGUCCAAAAAAAAUUGAUAGCACUUGAAAGGAAAAAGAAGUUGUGAAAGUUCAAUUGAAAAUAACGUUACAAACAAUAUCUUUGACUUUGGAAGUUAGCAGAAUAGGUCAUUUCACGUCCAAAUUUCAGUUAAUUUUUUUAUACAAAUUGAUGUAACUUUAUCAAUGUUUUUUUUUCAGUCAUUUGUUUUACAAAAGCAACCAGUGGCAUAAUAUAAUGAUGAUUUUAUUUGUGCAUCGUAUACCUUAAGUUAUUUUACAUUUUUUUCCUGUAUAUUUUAGACCUCAAACAACAUGUCAAACAUGGCCUAUUGAGAUAUUUUUAUGUCUUAUUUUUCUUUUAUUUUUUAUUUGAAACAGAAUGAUUGAUUUUUGAUAAAUUGUACAGCUGAUGAUGAAUAUGUUGAUAUGUUAUUGUAUAUAAAUGUAAUUAGAAAAAAUAGAAUAAAAUCAAACUACUAUGCAAAAUAAAUACUUAUUUUCA